AUGCUCCCAACUGGACAAGACCACACACAACCACCCUGUCCCUACACCCUCCCAACCAUCUUCACCAAACAAUCCCUCUCGCUAUUCCUCACCCUAGGAAUCACCAGUCUAGCCUUAGUCCUGCUGCUGGUACUCCUCCUCCUGCACAUCGCACGCCACUACCACCGUCCCGCCACAGCUACAACACUCGCCCCCCACCAUCUAUCCCAAAUGGACGCCAUGGAAAAAGGCAGGACAAGUCCAAUGACCACCACCCCGCCACCGCAACCACUACCACAAUCACCAACACCACCGCCACCAUCCUCAGCCUGCGACGUGUUACAACCUCUCUCGCAGAGUGGUGUGUUCCCAUCCAGCGGGGCGGUGGCGGCUAGGGCUCGUGAGCUGAUGCAGAUGCAGAUGCAGACGGGUAAGGCAUCUCCGUCUUCUCCGGGGAUGAUGAUGGGGGGUUCGGAGACCGAGGAGUCCGAGGUGGCUGCUGAGGGGGAAGUAGGAGGAGUAGUGAUAGCAGUGAUAGCAGCAGCGGUGGUGGUGAAGUUGGUGGGUCGGUGCAGAAGCGUGGUGUAUUGA